UUCGCAUCUUCUGGCUCAACUAUAGGACUUUGUUGACAAUGUCUACUUUCUUCGACGAAAUGAAAAAGUCCUUCGUGGACGUGUCUGUUACUGACAACAAGAUCGACACUGCUGGCUUCUUGGAAGCUUCUGAAUCUUUGGUCAAGUUGUUUGACUUGUUGGGCUCCUCUGCCUUCUCUGUAGUCCAGAAGGAUAUGACUGGUAAUAUCACCAAGAUCAGAGCCAAGUUGUUGGAAGACCCUGCCAAUUCUUCUACUUUGCAAGACUUGGUGUUGUCCGAAGCUGGCACCAAGAACAAGAAGGCUACCCAAGGUUUGUUGUGGUUGAGUCGUGGUUUACAAUUCACAGCCCAGGCCAUGAGAGAAACGGUCGACUUGCCAUCUGCCGAGUUAACGAAGACCUUCACUGACGCAUACGGUAAGACAUUGUCGCAAUACCACGGCAUUUUGAUCAAGCCUAUCUUCAAAUUGGCCAUGCAAGCAUGUCCGUACAGAAAGGACUUUUUUGCCAAGUUGGGUGCUGACCAGGAAAAGGUUGGCCAACAAUUAUCUGCUUGGCUCGAAGCCUUGGAAGCCAUCGUCAAGCUCAUUAUCGAGUUCUUCACCUCUGGAAACUAUGGCAAGGGUUUGUAGACAGUUCAUACUAGAAUCAAUAUAUAACGAGAAUUG